GCGCUUUGCUGUCGUGGGUCGCGGGAUGGGGCUGCGCCACCGAGGAAGGGGCUGCACGUGGGCACCGGACGCCCCUUCCAGCCCCGGGGAAAAGGACAGCCGGAAGCCGGCCCGCUUCUCCCGGCCGAUCCGGAUCCACGCGACCCGCUCACCCCGUCCACGCCUCGCUACUGCCCUGUGCAUCCCCUCGCGCCCUGCCACUGCCCUGUCUAUGCCACUCCCGCUCCCCCCGUGCACGGGCUCCGCAGUCCCACUCCCCCUUCCGCCGCAUCCGCUCCUGCUCCAACCGUCUGUGCACCUUCUCCGUCCAUACGACCCGCGCCCUGCUGCUCUCCGGUCCAUGCCUUCCGCUCCCCUGUCCACGCCGCCCUCCCGCCCGCUCCCGGUCCGCGCUACCAGCUUCCCCGUCCCCCCUCCACAUCGCCCAUUUCCCCGUCCACUCCCACCGCUCCUCCGCUCUCUCGUCCACACCGCGGGCUUCCCCGUCCAGGCUGCCGCUCCGGGUCCAGCCGCCCUCUCGCCCGCUCCCCGUCCACACCGCCCGCUUCCGCGUCCACGCCGCCCUCUCGCCCGCUCCCGGGCCGUGCGGUCCGCUCCACCGUUCCCCCUCCACAUCGCCCGUUUCCCCGUCCAGGCCGUCCGCUUCCCGGCCCAAGCCGCCGGCUCCGCGUCCACGCCGCCCUCUAGCCGGCUCCCGCGUCCACGCCGCCCGCAGAGAACUACAACUCCCACAAUGCCCCGCCGCCGCCCCGCGGCUUCCGGUGCUGCGCAGUUUCCGGAGCGGAUCGCAACCCGGAGUCCGGAUCCGAUCCCGCUCUGCACAUUCCAAAGGCAGGUGUCGGCGAUGGCGGAAGACGGCGAGGAGAUCAUGUUCAUCUGGUGUGAAGACUGCAGCCAGUACCACGACUCUGAAUGUCCCGAGCUGGGCCCGGUGGUCAUGGUCAAAGACUCCUUUGUGUUAAGCCGGGCACGGUCGUCCCUUCCUUCCAACCUGGAGAUCAGACGACUGGAAGAUGGGGCUGAGGGGGUGUUUGCCGUAACGCAGCUUGUCAAGCGCACGCAGUUCGGUCCAUUCGAGUCCAGGAGAGUCGCCAAAUGGGAGAAGGAGUCUGCGUUUCCUCUGAAGGUAUUCCAGAAGGAUGGGCACCCCGUGUGCUUCGACACCUCCAACGAGGAUGACUGCAACUGGAUGAUGCUGGUGCGGCCGGCGGCGGAGCCUGGCCACCAGAACCUGACCGCCUUCCAGCACGGCAGCGACGUCUACUUCACCACCUCGCGCGACAUCCCCCCUGGCACCGAGCUGCGCGUGUGGUAUGCGGCCUUCUACGCCAAGAGGAUGGACAAGCCGAUGCUGCGGCAGGCCUGCCCCGGGCUCCCUGCUGCAGGCACCCCGGAAAACAGCGCCCCGGCCGAGUCGGAGCCCAGCCAGUGGGUGUGUAAGGUGUGUUCCGCCACCUUCCUCGAGCUGCAGCUGUUGAAUGAGCACCUGUUGGGCCACUUGGAACAAGCCAAAAGCGCCCCCCCAGCUGGCCAGCAGGAGCCGGCUCCCGAGAAGGAAGCCGACGCGCCCCGCGGGGAGCCUCCCUCCCUUCCCAAGAGUGUGGGUACCACCAAAGAGCAGAAGAAAAAGCCUCGAAGGGGAAGAAAACCCAAAGCAUCCAAACCGGAGCAGCCUCUAGUCAUUGUGGAAGGCAAGGAGCCAGCAGAGCAAGUGGCAGAGAUCAUGACCGAGGUGGAGCCUGUGACCGCCACGCCGGACGAGCGGAUCAUGGAGCUGGUGCUGGGGAAGCUGGCCACCACCGCCAGCGACGCCGGCUCCGUGCCCAAGUUCCCCCAUCAUCAGAGCGGCACCAUCACCCUCAAGAGGAGCCUCAUUCUCUCCAGCCGACACGGCAUCCGGCGAAAGCUGGUCCGGCAGCUCGGGGAGCACAGGCGGGUCUACCAGUGCAGCAUCUGCAGCAAGGUCUUCCAGAACAGCAGCAACCUGAGCAGGCACGUGCGCUCACAUGGUGACAAGCUGUUUAAAUGUGAGGAAUGUGCAAAGCUGUUCAGCCGCAAGGAGAGUCUGAAGCAGCACGUUUCCUACAAGCACAGCAGGAACGAGGUGGACAGUGAGUACAGGUACCGGUGCGGCACCUGCGAGAAGACCUUCCGCAUCGAGAGCGCCCUGGAGUUUCACAACUGCAGGACAGAUGACAAGACGUUCCAGUGUGAGAUGUGUUUCAGAUUCUUCUCCACCAACAGCAACCUUUCCAAGCACAAGAAGAAGCAUGGGGACAAGAAGUUUGCUUGUGAAGUCUGCAGCAAGAUGUUCUACCGCAAGGACGUCAUGCUGGACCACCAGAGGAGGCACCUGGAAGGAGUGCGGCGGGUGAAGAGAGAAGACGUGGAGGCUGGCGGCGAGAACCUGGUCCGCUACAAGAAGGAGCCGUCAGGAUGCCCGGUGUGCGGCAAGGUGUUCUCCUGCAGGAGCAACAUGAACAAGCACCUGCUGACCCACGGCGACAAGAAGUACACCUGUGAGAUCUGCGGGCGCAAGUUCUUCCGUGUGGACGUGCUCAGGGACCACAUCCACGUCCACUUCAAGGACAUCGCGCUAAUGGAUGACCACCAGAGGGAAGAGUUUAUUGGCAAGAUUGGGAUCUCCUCGGAGGAAAAUGAUGACAAUUCUGACGAGAGCGCAGACUCGGAGCCUCACAAGUACAGCUGCAAAAGAUGUCAGCUCACCUUUGGCCGCGGGAAGGAGUACCUGAAGCACAUCAUGGAGGUGCACAAGGAGAAGGGCUACGGCUGCAGCAUCUGCAACCGCCGCUUUGCCCUGAAGGCCACUUACCACGCCCACAUGGUCAUCCAUCGCGAGAACCUGCCGGACCCCAAUGUGCAGAAGUACAUUCACCCCUGCGAGAUAUGCGGGCGGAUCUUCAACAGCAUCGGGAACUUGGAGCGGCAUAAGCUCAUCCACACAGGUGUGAAAAGCCACGCCUGUGAGCAGUGUGGGAAGUCCUUCGCCAGGAAGGACAUGCUGAAGGAGCACAUGCGCGUGCACGACAACAUCCGCGAGUACCUGUGCGCCGAGUGCUGGAAAGGCAUGAAGACCAAGCACGCGCUGCGCCACCACAUGAAGCUGCACAAGGGCAUCAAGGAGUACGAGUGCAGGGAGUGCCACCGCAAGUUCGCGCAGAAGGUCAACAUGCUCAAGCACUACAAGCGGCACACGGGGAUUAAGGAUUUCAUGUGCGAACUGUGCGGAAAGACGUUCAGUGAGCGGAACACGAUGGAGACCCACAAGCUCAUCCACACGGUGGGCAAGCAGUGGACGUGCUCCGUGUGUGACAAGAAGUAUGUCACCGAGUACAUGCUGCAGAAGCACGUGCAGCUCACCCACGACAAGGUGGAGGCACAGAGCUGCCAGCUGUGUGGGACCAAGGUGUCCACCAGGGCCUCCAUGAGCCGACACAUGAGGCGCAAGCACCCCGAGGUCCUGGCUGUGAGGAUCGACGACCUGGACCACCUGCCAGAGACCACAACCAUCGACGCCUCCUCUAUUGGCAUCGUCCAGCCCGAACUGAGUCUAGAGCAGGAAGAUCUGGCCGAAGGCAAGCAUGUGAAAGCCGCCAGGAGGACUCACAAGAGGAAACAGAAGCCAGAGGAGGCGGCGGCGGCAGUGGCAGGGGCCACGGGGCCCGAGGAUGCCACCUUCAGCGAGUACCCGGAGAAGGAGGCCACGUUCUCGGGCGGCGUGGGUGACGAGACGGACUCCGCUGUGCAGAGCAUCCAGCAGGUGGUGGUGACACUGGGUGACCCCAACGUGACCACCCCAUCCAGCUCCGUCGGCCUGACCAACAUCACCGUAACCCCCAUCACCACUGCGGCCGGCACUCAGUUCACCAACCUCCAGCCAGUGGCAGUCGGGCACCUCACCACCCCGGAGCGCCAGCUGCAGCUGGACAACUCCAUUCUGACCGUGACCUUUGACACGGUCAGCGGCUCUGCCAUGUUGCACAACCGCCAGAACGACCUCCAGAUCCACCCCCCACCCGAAGCCUCGAACCCACAGUCUGUGGCACACUUCAUCAACCUGACCACCCUGGUCAACUCCAUCACGCCCCUGGGGGGCCAGCUCGGGGAGCAGCACCCGCUCACCUGGCGGCCGCAUCCAGGGGUCGUUUUCCUCCUGCUCCCUGGCUGCCUGGUGCUCUUCCAUGGGGACCGGUGGCCACAGUCCACCCAGUACCCCUCAAGGGAGAAACUGAAGGCAGACAGCCCAGCCGCCCACCCACCAGGAGGUGGCCCAAGCCACGGCACCAUGCUGCCCACUGCCGUCCCGACCCAGAGACCCAGGAGGCAGAGCCAGGUCACCGCCACCCAUACUGACGGCAGUGCCUGGUACAAGAAUCUGCCACGUGGGUGA